AACCAAGACUAGGGGGAGAGGUAGAGAUAACUAGAUAGAUCAGGAAAGGGUGGUUGGUUGGGUUUUAAUUUUUUGGAAAAAUGGGGAGAGGGAGAGUUGAGCUCAAGAGGAUAGAGAAUAAAAUCAACAGGCAGGUCACUUUUGCCAAGAGAAGAAAUGGCCUGCUCAAGAAAGCUUAUGAGCUCUCAGUUCUCUGUGAUGCUGAGGUUGCUCUCAUUAUUUUCUCUGGCCGUGGAAAGCUCUAUGAGUUCUGCAGCAGCUUAAGCAUGAUGAAAACACUUGAAAAGUACCAAAGGUGCAGUUAUGGUGCCCUGGAAGCCAACCAACCUGUAAACGAGACUCAGAACAGUUACCAGGAAUAUUUGAGGCUUAAAGCAAGAGUGGAGGUCCUCCAACGAUCUCAGAGAAAUCUUCUUGGAGAAGAUUUGGGCCCACUGAACACGAAGGAGCUUGAGCAGCUUGAGCAUCAACUAGAGUCAUCCCUGAAGCAUAUUAGGUCAACAAAGACUCAGUUUAUGCUGGACGAGCUUUCUGAUCUUCAAAACAGGGAACAGAUGCUUGUUGAAACUAACAAAUCCUUGAGGAGGAAGCUGGAAGAAACUAAUCUGCAAGGUGCUCCACUUCAUCUGGCAUGGGACGGUGGCUAUGGCCAAAACAACAUUCAUGAGCACAAUAGCCGUUUUCCUCCCCAGUCGCAAGGUUUCUUUCAGCAACUGCAAGGAAACAACAACUCCGCAAUGCAAAUGGGAUACACACCAUUGGGUUCAGAUCAUCAUCAUCAUCAGCAGAUGAAUGCAGGAAAUCCAGGCCAAAAUGUGAAUGGAUUCAUUCCUGGGUGGAUGCUUUGACAACUUUUGAUUGUCAAUAAAUAUGUGCAUGGUGAAAUAAGAUAUGGAAACUGUUGCUUCAUCUUCUUCAAGAAUCAAGCCACGCACUUGUUCUAUGCAAUUUAACUGUAAUUAUUAUGCUUGAAACAGUAAUUACGUGGUAGUAACAUCUGUAUUUGCAUGUAUUGAAUUUGUAUCGACAUUUUAAAGAACUUUUUAUGGAUUCGUAGUAUUGUAUGGUUAAA